CGACGUGUACUACUACUAGUACGCAUUUGAAAAAUAACCGCAAACGUCGAAGUUCGAACAUCACAUGCAGGUGAUUCAACGGCGGAGACUCCAUAUUGAAUUAUAUCUGUGCUCACUCCCAGUCAUUACGCGGCCAGACACUGUCCCACCACUGUGGCUUUCUACCAAGAAGAUUCGACAAAUAAUCUACCUGCUCCUGGAAAGGAAUAACAGGGUAGUCUGCUUCAUCAUCAGAGCACACAGACAAGACAAACACCUCCCCGACGGCAUUCACGUGCUCGGGGGGCGCACCAUCUUGUUUGGGCUGGAAACACAUCUCGAUAGUCAGAGGAUCAAUUUUGACGGCCCAGCAGAUAUGCUCGAAUCCUCUCAUCCAGAAAUCGUUUUUGGUAGGAGGCUCGAGAGUAUCCUCAGGAUAGUGAAUGUUCUUUCCGAGAUCAAUGAGCCACUCGUGGCUGAGCCAGAAACCAUAGUAUUGCUUGUGACGGUUCCUGGGUGGACAAGGGAAAUUGAGCUGACGAGGACGAGACGAGAAUCUGAGUGGUACGAGGGGUGGCUGGGUCGACUUCGAUUCGGCAACCUUCAGAUUUUGCAUCGAUUGACGGAGAAGUUCAGAUGCAGACAUUGCGAUAAAUUUAAGGUGGGACUCAGAGGUCAAGUAAGAUUUAACAGAUGAAUUGAAGGCUGUCACCGUUUGUGAAUGAAUCCGAGCAAGAUGUUUG